AUCUUAUGACACGAAUAGGUUUGUCAGCAGAAAAACAAAUAGAAAUACAAGAAGAAAAGCUUGAAAAGGAAGGAAUUGAAUUAGUAAGCGUCGAAGGACGAGAAUUAGCUAUAAAAAGAGGAAGAAAAAGACUAACCAGGGAAAUGGAAAAAUUUCAACAAAAAGAAAAAGAAAUAAUUAAAAUAAUAAAAGAAACACAAGAAAAAAUAUUAAAAAGAAAUAAUCGAAAAUUAGAAAAUUUAAUCAAAAGAAUUACAAAAAUUAACAAAGAAUUAGAUAAAAAAUUAAGAAUAUUAAAUUCAGAAAAUUAUAAAAAAGAAAUAUUUAUAAUUAAAAAACUACGAGAAAAGAAAAAUAUAAUUCAAAAAGAAAUAUCUAAAAUAUACAGUCAAAUUACUAGUCCUAUUAUCACUGAAGAGGAACAACAAAAAAUUCUAGAAAACUUCGAAGAAUAUCAGAAAAUUCUGAAAAAUAUUAAAAAACAAAAAGAAAAAGAGGAAAAAGAAAAAAUCCAAAUAGAAAUCAGUGAAUUGGAGAAGGAAAUAGAAGAAAAAGUUAAAAGAAAAAAUAAACUAGAAACAAGAUUAGGAAUGAUCACUAUAAAAGAACAUAAAAAAGAAAACCAUAUUUCACAAAGAUUAGGAGAAAUUAAUAGAAGACAACAAGAAAUGUUUUAUCCAGAAGAAAUUGAUCAACAAAAUUAUCGGGGAAUAACCCAACAAGAAAAAUUUUAUCCAGAAGAAGUUGACCAAAGAAAAGAAUUAUAUCCAGAGAAUAAGAGAUAUGAAAAAGAAUGGAAAGAAUUUAAAGAAAGAAAUCUUCAAGAAAAUAACAAAACUCGUUCGAUAGAAAGGAAAAGAAAUACUUGCUCAAAUUGUAAUAAAGAGGGACAUUACUUUCAAGACUGUCCAGAAGUAGAAUGUGAAAUAUGUAGAAAAAAGGGACACAUUAAAAGAUUUUGUCCAGAAAGGAUAUGUGGAAUUUGUGAUAGAAAAGGACAUUUAGAAAGGGAUUGUAAAAAUCAAAGAAUAAUUAAUGAUUUGGGAAGAGAAUUUUCAUUCAAAAAGAAUUUUGAAGAAGAUGGAUACCAACAAAAUAAUAUAGAAUAUCAUCAUGUUGCGGGACAUCAUUGCAGAUUAGAAAAUUGUAAAGAAGUACCAUAUGAAAAGGAUUUAAAAGAUCAUCACUCACACAAAAUCUGCAAUAAUUGUUACAAGAAUAUACAAAGGAAGGAAGAGAAAAAGUCAGAAUUUCUUCAAAAAAUAGAAAAAGAAAAAAUUAAAAGAAAAAAUCAAGAAUAUAAAGCAUUAGAAUUUGCUCAAGAAAUUACAAAAGGAUAUGAGAGAAAAAUAAAAAGCUAUUUAUUCAGGAAUAAAAACGUUACAAAUAAAAUCAUUGAGAAUGCUAGAAUAAAACAUUUUGAGUGGUUAAGUAUAACAGACCCAGAACAACAAAGGAAAUACAAAUAUCACUGUGAAAGGGAACAGUGUUCAAGACCCUUGAAAAAUUUACAUUAUAUGCAGAUCUUAGAUAGAAUUGUGUGCAGAUCAUGUGAAAAAAUAUUUGCAACACAGAUAUAUGAAGAAUACCUAGAAAAGAUAAAGAGGCUUAAUGAAAAAAUGAAAAGAAUAGACAAUCUCAAGAAAUUAGAAAAUGAAGAAACCAAAAAAUUGAGACAAAAAAUAAAAGAAUUAAAAAUCUUCAAAAAAGAAUAUCAGGAAGUCUUUGGGGAAGAAAUAUCUGAAGAUGAUUUUGAAUACCACUUUAAUAUCGAACUAAA